CGCUUUCAUACAUCAGACUAUUCUGGGAUUAAGGUGUAUUAGGAACAGAGAGGUGAUCCCCAGAGAAGGAGGACAUGGGGUCACCAAGCUGUCACUGAUGAGUUUGUGGUCAGGCUCAAUGUGACUUCAGAACUUUCUAUUGGAAUUCCCAAAGGCCCGAGAAACUCUGAAUUUCAUGAUUAACUUUGAGAGCCCGUUAGUGGAGAGGGGGGGUAUUUCUUCCAUGGAUUGCCAAAGUGACUGCCAAAACAGCACCAUGUACAAUGGCACUGACACGGAAACAGGGACUUACCCCUACACCUUGCAGAUCACACUUGCCCUCAUCACCUUGGUGGGCAUCCUCAUGCUCUUCACUGUGUUUGGAAAUGUCCUGGUCGUCAUAGCUGUUUUCACCAGCAGAGCCCUCAAGGCCCCUCAGAACUUGUUCUUGGUUUCUCUGGCAUCAGCAGAUAUUCUGGUGGCCACCUUAGUGAUCCCAUUUUCCUUGGCCAACGAAGUCAUGGGGUACUGGUACUUUGGGAAAGUAUGGUGUGAGAUAUACCUGGCAUUAGAUGUCCUCUUCUGCACCUCCUCCAUAGUUCACCUAUGUGCCAUCAGCUUGGACAGGUACUGGUCCAUCACACAAGCCAUUGAGUACAACCUGAAGAGGACACCACGCAGGAUCAAGUGUAUCAUAUUCAUAGUGUGGGUGAUCUCUGCUGUCAUAUCCUUCCCACCUCUCAUCACCAUAGAAAAGGAGAGUGGCAAAGAAGAAGAUCCCAGAUGUAAAAUCAACGAUGAAAAAUGGUACAUCAUAUCAUCUAGCAUCGGUUCCUUCUUUGCCCCUUGCGUGAUCAUGGUUUUAGUCUACAUCCGUAUUUAUCAAAUUGCAAAAAGGAGGACCAGGGUCCCACCCAGGCAGAGGAGCAAUGGGGAGCCUGACAAAAAACAGAAUGGCUUUGGGGACAAGGACCUCCCGGUCAAAUUAAAUGGAGAGAAGGCUGGGGGCUCAGAUGACCCCCGGCACAGAGAAGAGGAGGCCAAUGGUGUAGACCUGGAGGACUCCUCGUCUUCUGAGCACCAGGAGGACCAUCCGUAUUCCUCCAAGAAAAAACAUGACAAACUCCCUAGAGGAAAAGGUAAAACCAAGCUCAGCCAGAUCAAGCCAGGAGACAGCUUGCCCAGGAGAGAAGAAGAAGACAUGAAUGCCAAAGGGUCCAGGUGGAGGGGAAGGCAGAACAGAGAGAAGAGGUUCACGUUUGUCCUGGCUGUGGUUAUCGGGGUUUUUGUCAUCUGCUGGUUUCCCUUCUUUUUUACUUAUUCCCUGAUGGCCAUCUGUGAUAGCUGCAAUGUCCCCGAUACCUUGUUCAAAUUCUUCUUCUGGUUUGGUUACUGUAACAGCUCCCUGAACCCAGUGAUCUACACGAUAUUUAACCAGGAUUUCCGAAGGGCGUUUAAAAAGAUUCUGUGUAAAGGGGAGAGGAAAAGAAUCGUGUGAUUCGAGAAACGAUCCCAUCGCUGACACCAUCUUUUUAGGACAAUCUGUGCGAUCGGU